GCAUACAUUCUCAUACAAGCCACGACCUUUCUCUAUCUCUCUCUUUCUCCCUCUCACUCUAUCUGAGUUUUGUUCUCUCAAUCCAAUCCCAUCUCCAGUCUCUGAAGCCUGCGUUUUGUAGCAAAAACUUGCUGCAGUUCUGGUGAUUUAGCUUCAUGGAGUUGUAGCUAGUAGCCGUACGUAUUGAUACGUACAUUCGGUCAUCGAGUUUCACUGAAGGAUUUCAUCUCUUUCUCUGCGAUCAUAUACGGUGAAGAUCUUUGCAAAGCUUCAGGGCUUGUAAACUGCCGGUAGAGAUUUCUGGUUUCUCUGAAAGGUAGCAAUACAUAUCAUUGGAGAUGGGAGAAAUGACCGGCUUCCAAUUGGGCGUUAUUGGUGCACUGUUUCUUUCAGUGGCAUCAUCUGUCUCCAUUGUUAUAUGCAACAAAGCCUUGAUGAGCAAUCUUGGCUUCCCGUUUGCGACUACACUUACCAGUUGGCAUCUCAUGGUAACUUUCUGCACACUUCAUGUGGCAAAUCGUCUCAAUUUCUUCGAGAGCAAAUCAAUUGACAUGAAGACUGUCAUGCUCUUUGGCAUUCUAAAUGGUGUUUCAAUUGGACUGCUCAAUUUGAGUCUGGGAUUCAAUUCUGUUGGGUUCUACCAGAUGACCAAGCUUGCAAUCAUACCAUUUACUGUGUUAGUAGAGACUAUUUUCCUUAAAAAGCAAUUCAGCCAGCAGAUAAAGUUUUCUCUCUUCCUAUUACUAGUCGGAGUUGGCAUUGCCUCUGUGACAGACCUCCAGCUCAAUUUUGUUGGAACAGUUCUCUCGCUUCUAGCCAUCAUCACAACCUGUGUUGGCCAAAUUCUAACAAACACAAUACAGAAGAGGCUCAAUGUUUCUUCUACUCAACUGCUCUACCACUCGGCACCUUUUCAAGCAGCUAUCCUUUUCGUCUCCGGACCUGUGGUCGAUCAGUUCCUCACCAAGCAAAGUGUCUUUUCCCACAAAUACUCCCCCAUAGUCCUGGUAUUCAUCAUACUCUCUUGCCUAAUAGCUGUGUCUGUGAACUUUAGUACCUUUUUGGUGAUUGGCAAAACAUCACCAGUGACAUAUCAAGUGCUAGGGCACCUCAAGACAUGCCUUGUUCUAGGGUUCGGCUAUACAUUACUACAUGACCCUUUCACUGAGAGGAACAUAAUCGGAAUUCUGGUGGCCAUUUUCGGGAUGGGACUGUAUUCAUAUUUCUGUGCACAGGAGAACAAAAAGAAACAAGCAGCUGACGUUAAGGAUGGUGCUCCACUUUUGAGUCAGGAUAAAGAUAGCCAUGAGGUUAAGAAAUUAACCAAGAACUCUCUUGUUUGAGUGAUUGAUAUAUAGGAGUUUCUUUUACACUCUUUAAGUUUUAAGUCCCCUAAGAAAUUUUGUUGGGUGUAAAUGUUCUUUAUGCAUUCUUUGGUUG